AUGAGUGCAAUUUAUCAUGAAAGACAAAGCCUAAUGUACUGUGCUAUUCAUGCGCUUAACAAUCUUAUGCAAUGCAAGUCAUUCACAAAACAGCAGUUUGAUGUGAUAUGCAGCGAAUUAUCAAGCAAUUACAUUAAUCCACAUAAAUCAGUACUCGGAAUUGGAAACUACGAUAUAAAUUCAAUCAUAAAGGCACUAGAGUCAAAAGACUUAACAGUAAUAUGGUAUGAUAAAAGACGUGAGAUUACAAAGGAAUCGAUACAAAUAGAUGAAUCUUAUGGAUAUAUCAUGAACUUGCCUACAGACUACACAUUUGGCUUUAUCACAAUACCGUUGAUCAAAAGUAGGCACUGGAUAUCAUUAAGGAAGGUCAAUGACAAGUAUUAUAAUCUAGAUUCUAAACUGGAUAAGCCAAAAUUAAUUGGAGAAGAAGAGGAAUUUGUGUCAUACCUGAAAAGUGAAAUGACAAGUAACAAUAAGGAACUGUUUAUUAUCAAGUCAAAAAGCUAA